AUGAAUAAUAAUAUUAAUAAUAAUAAUAUUUAUUCACACAAUACAAUUGGUAAUAAUAAUAAUAUAAAUUUAAACAAUUCUCCCAUAGACAAUAAUAAUAAUUUAAAUAUCAAUGUUAAUAGUAAUAAUAAUAAUAAUAAUAUAGGAAAUAAUAGUAAUAAUAGUUAUAACUAUAAUAAAUUAAAUAGUAAUAGAGAUAAUAAAUACGAUAAAGUUGGAAAUAAAGAUAGAGAUUGUUUUCUAAGUUUUUCGACGACGACAACUCAAUCCAACGGCAAAAUAGGCGGUAAAGUUAUGUCUUUUAAGACAAAGUUUGGAAUAGCUGCUGGAAACAGGUUGUACAAUAGAGUUUUUAAUUUAUGGCGAUCACAGGUCAUUAGACAACUGAUUGUGGUGAUGCAGGUGGUGUUUCUGGCGUAUCUACUCUCGAAAGCCGUUCUAAAGUUUCAGAUGCUCGACAACAAGUCGACACUGCAGGAGUUUUCGAAUUCCGAGUGUUCCGGCGCCGGCCAGAACACCGAUUGCACAGUGGGCUCCACCCAUUCAUUUAAGCGCGUUCUCUUUUUCUAUAACGAUGGUUUGGCGCGAGAUUUGUCCGAUCCGUUGGUGAGCGGAUUCGCCGAGCACGCCAACGUAUUUAGGAUUCAGAACGAAGGAUUUCCUGCGAGUUACGCUGUGUUCACCUCGUACAUGACGGGUGGCGCACCCACCAACUUCAUGGGUACGCCGAUCGUCGAGGACAACAUGAUCUACCAGCUGGCAAACUCUGGACAAACCAUGAAGUUUGUCGGCACGAGAAUGCCGGCAUACGAUGUGUUGAAAUCGGGCAACUACUUCAAGGGUGGCGUCAAAAUCGAGUCGACGACGCCCACCUCCAAGCUCUAUCAAACGCUGUUUCACUGCGAGUUGAACGAUGAGCAGCUGUGCUCGCAGCGCUAUCUCAACGAAACGGCAGCUGGCCAGAGCACGAGUAUCUUCUUCUCUGGCGAUAUAGUCGAUGAGCGUAAUCACAUGACGGGCGACAAGUACGAUCCGACCACAAUCGAAAUCAUCAACGACUGGAUCGGAAACAUGGGAUACGUCAAGCAAUGGAUCGAUAACAAUCCCGAUUAUCUAUUGGUAAUAUUCAGUGAUCACGGUGGUAAACUCACUUCAGAGACUGCUGCACACGGUAAGAACAACGGUGGAAACGAAGCAUUCAUGAUCAUUUACAAUCCGAGAAUAACACCACUUCCACCCAAUGAACAAGAUAAAUUUAUUGAUCAAGUCGAUGUUUGUAGUACAAUUUCUCAACAUUUUGUUGGAUCAGGUGUUUCAAUUCCAUCUGUUAACAUUGGAAAGUUGGUGCCGACAGCGAUUUCCUUGAAGGAAAAGUAUCAGUUGUUAAAGUUGAAUGCCGAUCAAUUCAAUGUUCUGGGAAAGAAGUGGAGAUAUAAAAUGAAUCAAGCAGACUACAUUAGAGCGAUAAAACUCGGUGAGAAUACAGAGAAUGAUCAGGAUUACGAAGAGGCAAUCAAGCUAUUCACUCGAUAUAUCAACAGUUUGAAGUUGCCAUUCUUGAAUCUAAAGCGAUUCCCUAUAUUCGAGGUGGUCUUCUUCCCGAUAACAAUAGCGUUGCUCAUAGCAAUGCUCAUCAGAAAACAGUAUGGCAGCGUUAAGAAUCUAUUCUCAGAGAUGCGAAACAACAUUGCUCUGGUGAUGAUUCCCUACUUGGUUAUCUUUGGAAUCACUGCGUUGUUCUCUGGUUUCUGGGUGUUGUAUUGGCAUGACGAUAACGAAUCGAUUCACGUAUAUGUCGCAUCGCUGCUGUCGGCACUCGUCAUGUACUACGCACCGAACGCAACACAAAACAUCAAGAGAACCGUCAGUAAAACCUACAGGUCGCUGUCAGGCGGUUCACUUUCUCAAGUUGCCUAUGAGAAGCUCGAUAGUGAAGCUGGUGAUUCAAUAGAGAUGAAUAGUUUCAAUGAUGAUAUAAGUUUAGGAAAUACAGAGUUUGACGAUUGUUCUGUUUCACUAUAUAGCAAUAACAGCAGCAACAACAGUAUUAGUAAUCCAACAUCACCAAAUAACAAUAAUCAACAACAACAACAACAACAAACAACAAAGUUAAACAACAUUGCAACACCAUCAAUAUCAUCAACUUCACAACUUGCAUAUGAAUAUAAAACACCUGGUCAAUGGUUAAUUAAAUAUGCAUUCUUUUUAUUCUUUAUGGCAGUCAGUUUAUAUUUAUUAACAGUUCCACUUGAAGAUCUAUUCUUAGUUAAGAAAGCUGAUGACACAUUUUGUUCAUCAUCAUGGAGAGGUUCACAUGUAAUGAUGCCCAAAUUGGCAUUCUGUAUCUAUUUAUUCCUAGGUCUCCAUGCAUUAGUAUUAUUCUUUUGUCCAAGAUAUCUCCAAGCUGAUAUCUUCUUACCGAUUUCAAUGGCAUUAUUCUUUAUUUCAAAUGAUAAAGAACGAUAUUAUCUUGUAUUAUUUGUAAUUCCACAAUUCUAUUGUAUUAGUAAUAUGUUUUAUUAUAAGCUAUUCAAUACUGUACAACCGAUUCUCAACAACUAUCGAUUAUCACAGGGAUUCAGUAAUAGAAAGUCAAAUGCAAACAGUAUCUAUAUGAUGAGUCUGAGAGAUUUGAAUUUCUUUAGUGGUAUCACCGAUCACUUCCUGCCGUUCGUUGUACUGCUGCUGGCGAGUAUUGCGCUGUCUUGCUACAAGUCGAUGAAGAUGAACUUCCAGAUUGGCGAUGUCGCCAUCUACGUGCCGGGUGUAUACGAUCCCCCCUCGAGACCGGUAUUCUCUGGUUUCAUCAUGGGUUUCCACAAGCUCGGCUACUUCUUCUUGCUCGGUGCAUUCCUCAUCAAGUUUGCCAAUCCAUGUCCACCCGCUCUCUUUGUACGCAAAUGGUUCAACAAGCGAUUCAUGUUUGGUUUCAAGAUCAAGAGUAACAAAGACUACGAUAGAAUAGUUGAGAGUCUUGGUAUUCAGAUCUGGGGAUUCCUCAUCUCAUUGGUCGAGUUUAAAUUAGAUCACUAA